CUCCGACGAGUUUUUAAAUGAAAUUAAAAAAUAGAUAACUUUUAUUUUUGGGGUAUCUAGAUCUACAUUCUCUAACGAAAUAGUUAAAUUGUAUUAAGUUAGAAAGUUUCUUGAAAUAAAAAUAACCUCUUUGGAACUAACAGCGCUGUAAACACGUGACUAUGUUAGUGUUUAAAGUUGUGUUCGGGCUAGUGAUCAGCACAUUUUUAUUUUAAAGAGUUUAAUUACAGUUUUGUGUGAGUUUUAUUCGCUACUAUGUUACGAAGACAGGCAAGACUUCGGAGGGAGUACCUGUAUCGCAAAGCUAUUGAAGACAAAAAGAAAGCUAUUCAAGAGAAGAAAGAUAGAAUAAAACAAAGUCUUGAAUCAGGAUCUCUUAUUGACACGAAUUUGAGGAAGCAGGCUUUAAAGCUGGUAGAUAAUUUGCAAUGGGAGGACGAAGGCCCGAAACUGGCAGCUGCUAUAGGUACUGAAGAAGGAGGAACUUGUCUAAAUCAUGAAGAUGAUGAAUACAGGUGGGCUGGUGCUUUUGAUCCUAAAAUUAUGAUUACGACCUCAAGAGAUCCAUCCUCACGGCUGAAGAUGUUUGCAAAAGAAGUCAGACUGAUAUUUCCCAAUGCACAAAGGAUGAACAGAGGAAAUUAUGAAAUGAAACAACUUAUUCAUGCCUGUCGUGCUAACAACGUUACAGAUUUUAUUGUUUUACAUGAACAUAGAGGAAUUCCAGACAAUAUGGUGAUUUGUCAUCUUCCUUAUGGACCAACAGCUUAUUUCAACUUGUCAGAUGUUACAAUGAGGCAUGAUAUACCCAAUAUUGGAACUGUUUCAGAACAGUAUCCUCAUCUAAUAUUUCAUAAUUUUAAAAGUAAACUGGGUCUUAGAGUUAUGAACAUUUUAAAGUUUCUGUUUCCAGUUCCUAAGGAAGAAAGCAAGCGUGUUAUAUCGUUUGCUAAUCAUGAUGAUUAUAUUGCAUUUCGUCACCAUAUCUACAAGAAGGUAGACGGUGGUAAUAUUGAAUUAAAUGAAGUAGGACCAAGAUUUCUUCUUAAACUUUAUGAAAUAAAACUAGGAACCUUGGACACAUUAGAAACAGCCAACCCUGAAUGGGUCCUCAGACCGUACAUGAAUACAGCAGCCAAAAGACGAUUUUUAUCUGAAGAAGAUGGGUGGGCCCAAGAUGAAAUUAUGGAUAAAUAAUAUGAUUGUUAAUAUUGCCUUUGAAAUGUUAUUUUAAAAGUAUUUUGUACAUAAAUAUACCUUUAGUUUAAAAAAAUGUUUUUUAUUUUUGUAUUUUAUUUAUCUAAAAUAGUCAAUGAUGUCUCCUUUUGUUGUAUGAAAUAUAAAUAAAUGGCCAUGUAAAGGCUAAAUUGCAUCAAUUAUAUUGAAUUCGAUCAAACUGCCUGAUAUCAAAGUUUUAAAUAAAAUUUAAAACUUUCAAUAUU